GAUAAAGGGGGGGGGGGGAACAGAAGACUGAAGUGGUGAGGAGGUUUGAAGUGUUCUGAAUUGGUAUGUUGCGGUCGUGCUGAACCUGCGCGCUUCCAACCUGUGUGGAGCCUCUGGAGUGGGCACAACUGGUGUCCUCUCAUAUUCACAGCUGCAUCCAGUUGGUGUUGAGCAUCAGGUGAGCGUUCGAGCUUCUUCUUUCACUUUUUUUGGGCUUGACUUUUUUUUAGCCGAGGAGCAGAGAGAGUGGACACACAUAAACAUAUGACCAGGAUCCGCGCCCUGACGCGCUCCGGUGAGCGCAUGUUGGACCGGUGAGAGUGUGGAAUAGUAUGAAGCGCCAUGGCUUGGUGUGACCGCAGGGUUCAAACGCUGCUGGCCACUUUGGGGGCUUUUGCUGCUUUUAGCCUGAUGACCAUCGCCAUCGGCACGGACUAUUGGCUCUAUUCACGGGCGUACAUUUGCAACUCCACCAAUGCCACCACAGACGAGACCCAGUCACAGCCCAAAACCAAGAGAGGCGAUCUCACCCACUCCGGGCUGUGGAGAAUCUGUUGUAUUGAAGGAAUCAAUCAAGGCAGCUGUUACAGAAUCAACCAUUUCCCCGACGAUAAUGACUACGACACAGACAGCUCUGAAUACCUGCUUCGUAUAGUCCGUGCCUCCAGUGUGUUCCCCAUCCUCAGCACCAUCCUGUUGAUGCUCGGCGGGCUGUGUGUCGGGGUGGGCCGAGUCUACAACAAGACCAGCAACGUCCUCCUCAGCGCAGGCAUUCUCUUUGUAGCUGCAGGUCUGAGCAACAUAAUUGGCAUCAUCGUCUACAUCUCCAGCAAUGCAGGAGACCCCAGUGAUAAACGGGACGACGACAAGAAGUACACUUAUUCUUACGGUUGGUCGUUCUACUUUGGCGCCCUCUCCUUCAUAGUGGCGGAAACUGUGGCUGUCCUCGCCAUCAACAUCUACAUUGAGAGAAACAAGGAAGUUCGUUGGAAGGCGCGACGCGAGUUCAUCCGUUCGCUCUCUUCCUCUUCCCCGUACUCGAGGAUACCAAGCUUCCGCUACCGCCGGCGGACAUCACGCGCCAGCUCUCAUUCAACAGAGGCAUCGCGAGAGAACUCGCCUGUGGUCGGUCUGAAGGGGAGGCCAUCUUCCAGUGGGGCCCUGGACGAGCUGUCUAUGUACGCCCUGGCGAGGGACAGUGUGACGGAGAACACAUACAGCCCCGAACAUGAGGCGUCUGCUGAGUUCCUCCAGGUCCAUAACUGUUUCCCCAAUGAUAUAAAGGACGGGGUGAAUCGCAGGACCACACCGGUGUGAUGGGCAUGUUACUGGGCUGGAGGUUCACCUCGAAGUGGAAGGAAUAGUAAAUGAUGAAAAAUCUGUUGGCUAAUUUGUUGGAGCCUGAGUGCUUUUGAUAGCCUGCCACCAGACGCACAGUAUUCAGAGAGACUGUCCUGUUUGAAAGGACCUGAGGAGAAAAGAGGACAGUCAGCUGGACGGAAGAUGAGCCAGUUAACCAAACCUUCAUUUAUCUGCCUGUAGAGAUCAUCAAAGCAGAAUAAAUGUACAUAAUCUGUGCUGUAGCUGAUUCGAAAUUGGCGUUAUCUUUCAACUGUCAAAAUGCUUCAUUCAGCAGUGUGUGGAUCACAACCCUUGUCUGUGUAAUGGUCACUAAACAUUGUGGGUGUGAGACGUGCCAAUCAGCAGUAUUCUACCUGUAAAUUAUUCAACAAGGUGCUAAAUGAAAUAUACUCUUCAACUUGAAAGUGUUCCUUUUGUGUGUGCAGUUUCUAUAAAGUGUCGACCCUUCUCCAAAGUUUGUAUUGUGUCCUCAUAACCAGUUUGGUCUUGCCUUAUGCUCUAAUCAUGUUUGAUAGAGACAACAGCACAGUCCUUUAGAAUAAUGCAUGGCCUUUUAAACAAACAAACAAAUAUUUUUACGGUAGUAUGGUUUGGGAGUCAGUGUCUUCACAAAUGAUUGACUUGCUGAGUUGUAAUGUAUUGAAUGUUAAGUAUUUUAGCUGAUUGUACAAGUCAACCAUCCAAUCCUCCAAAUAUGAAAAGUAUGAAAUAUGAAAGGUUUUGUCUCCCUCGCUGUCUCGUCCUUAAUCUUAUUGACAUUUGUUAGUUGAACAAAAUGUCCAUGUUGUCAGUAGAGCACCUAUGUUCAAUGGCCCCUUUUCAUUCACUUCCAUAUCAGUCCAGGCCAUCCAUCCAUCAACACCUCCCGAUGGAUGUGACAUUGUGUAUGUGCCUGUCACAAGAGAAGAGCAGCUGACAAAAAGAUGGGCCCUAGAACUGUGAAAACGGCACAGGUCAGGACUUCCCUUUGGUCUGAAUGAAAACAGAGAGUUUAAUGGAUAAGGAUCACGCCAGGCGGAGAAUGCUUGUCUGUCUGUCACAUCACCUGUGAGUCCAUCUGGCUGCCUUUUCUCCCCUCCCAUGUCGAACACAGGACCAAGAAAGAGGCAGAUUGAGCUGUCUGCUCUGCGUCUCUGAAGGCUUCAAUAACCAGACGUGUGUGUGUGUGUGUGUGUGUCUGUGUGUGUGUCUGUGUGUGUGUCUGUGUGUGUACUGUGGUUCUGCACGUCCAUGAUUCUUUUAGUGGAAUGGAAUGGAAUUAAUGGACCAGGGAUAAAGAUAAACCUGGUAAAAAUGAUUUGAGGUGAAAAAAAAAAACGCCAUACUGUAUUUAUUAAGUGCUGUGACUGUGCUGUGAGCUUGAGCUUUCUCCAAGAACCAGCUGGUGUUUGUUUUUUUAUUUUAGUCUUAGGGCUAUUCAGUUGGUUCUGGCUUGGCAAGUGAGCUCACCCAACCACAGAAUCGUAUUUGAUUGUAUUUUGUGUGUUUGAUAUACCGUUAGAGAUAACACUUCAUGUACCAGGCUUAGCUCAUAGAAUAAAAGAAAGCCAUCAGUAUGAUCUAUUCUGAGUGUACUCUUUUAUAUUACGGUUUUGGGGGUAAAAUCCAAAUGUAUUUGUUUGUAAUGUAAAGCUGUAUAGAAAAGUACAAUAAAAAAAAGCAUUGAAUGUUCAA